AUUGUGAAAACUGCAGCCGGAAGUGGGGUUGCGCUGGAAUCACUCGUCGCUCCAGCAGGAACGUCAGACAUGGCUGAGACACACAGUUUGCAGGACCUCCGGCAGCCAGCUGUCUCAUCCAAGGUGUUUGUUCAGAGAGACUACGGCUCAGGAACCAUAUGCAGGUUCCACACCAAGUUCCCCUCUGAGCUGGUCUCCAAGAUUGACAAGCAGCAGUUCGAGGAGACGAUCCAGAGUUUAAACAACUUGUAUGCAGAGGCAGAGAAACUCGGAGGGAAGUCCUAUCUGGAGGGCUGCCUGGCUUGUCUGACUGGCUACACCAUCUUCCUCUGUAUGGAGACGCACUACGAAAAGGUGUUAAAGAAGAUUGCCAGAUAUAUUAAGGACCAGAAUGAGAAGAUUUAUGCUCCCAGGGGCUUGCUGCUGACAGACCCAAUAGAGCGAGGCCUCAGAGUUGUUGAAAUUACCAUUUUUGAAGAAAGAGGUGUUGGAUCUGGAAGAUGAAAGAAUCUUGGGGCAUCAUAAAACUCAGAUGUGUUUCUGGUAACAAGUCAGCUUCACUUGGAAAAUGUUUUUGAAGAUUCAAAAUUAUGUUCAUUCUUGUAAAUACCCAAGAUUUUUUUUCUUUUUAUAUUUGUCCAAAAGAAAUCACAUUCAGUUAUUCAGCUUUUGUCAUACUGACUAACUAGCCUAUAUGCGAUUUUGUAAUUACUUAAAAACAUUUAACAAGACUUAAUCUAAACUAUAGUAGUACAGAAGAAUAUCUAUCAUGCAACAUAAUUUUCCUGUGUCUUACUUCAUUGUAAAGGGUGACGACUGAACAAACACUCUUUAUCAAGCUUUGUAUGUUCAGGCAUCCUCAUCUGAAUGAUGUGUAAAUACUUUUAAUCUGAUCUUAUUUCUGUUAUUUAUAUGUACUCUUAUGUUUUUCCUGUAUUCUUUUUGUUUUUUUAUAUACAAUACAAUGCCUAAAUCAUGACCUAUUUGAUCUAGACCAAUCUAAUGAUCGUGCCGAUAUUUAAAUACCUAUUUUUAACACGGUACUAACAAGUAACUUGACAUGGGUAUUGAUUAGCAAAUUUAAAUUGAAGUAAUGUGUGGUUGGCAAGAGCUGAUAUACUUUACAUGCAGAUCAAUGUUGACUGUUUAGUAAGUCUGUAAACGGGGUGCUUAUUGGUGGUUUUACACAGUACAAACAUGAUGUUUGAUGAUGAUGACAAUUGUUUUAUAGUCUAUGACAUAAUUUGAGCUUGUUUGGGUGAUGGAUUGUGUCUUGGUAGUUGUAAAAUUCAAAUUGUUGUGACUUAUUAAAUGAAUCGUGUACCAAGACCAUCCCGGAAUGAUCACAUGACCAUGUUCAGUUGGAGAACAGUCAGUCUCCAAUUUAGUCAAAUUAUCUCAUAUUUCUCCAGAGUUUUAUUAGAGAUUUAUAUAUACUGCACAUGUCUUCCUCUUGUGCAUUAUCGCUUCGUCAUCACGGAAAAUCUGAAAUACUCCACAGAUGAUUGUUGGUGAUUUAUUUUUUUUAUGCAGUUGUACCUUUCUUACAAUUUUGUUAUCUUUUAUCCAAAUAAAUUGUGGUUUCCAGAAA